AUCAUAUAUUUCUCAACAUAAUUUAAAGCACAGUUUAAUGAAAUGAAAGAGCUCCAAAACCAUCGACAUGAGUGAAAACAUCAAGAGUGAAAAUUUCGUGAAUAGUUCAACCUCAUCCUGAAAAUGUCACGCGCUCAAAAUAGUAGAGCAGCAGAAAUCCGAGGAGAAUCCGAGGAGUCCGUUAAAGCUGCAGAUGUUUUUCAGAGCCACGCGCUCACGUAAGUCUAUGGGAAUCCGGCUUUUUGGGACCGGCGGGUAAUUCCUAUUUGGAACGCGAGGGGGAGGGUUUGCUCGGUCCAAUUGGUCCAGUUCUCAUUUAUUGUCAGUCAAUGGUCGAUCGGAGCUCCUCUCCCGGGUGGCUUCGGCCUCCGCCGCGCGCCCGCCGCAACGCGCCGGAGGUUUGUUAGCCAAAAGAAACCGCACAGCUUCGCGGUUUUGUGCGUGCAGACAUUAGUGAGUGACUGUUAUUUUAUUUUUAUACCUGUUCAAAAUGGAGACAUGUGUCUGAAAGCCCGGAGCAGCUCCCCACAAAGGGACCGUCUUUGAGGCUUGGGAAAGCGGUUCUGGAGGGACGGAAUGACUCUCAGACAAUUUUUGAGGAACUAAACAUGGCUGUGAUGUGACAUCUGUUGCAGAGGAAGGGAAAAAGACAAUGAGGGAUGGAAGUGGGCCACCAUGUGCCGAAUCUUACCCAAAUAUGGCCUCGUCUUCUUCUUACUUGCACUUUUUGGGUUCAUAUUCCUGCUGCGCAACAUCAGCCAUGUAGAGACGUGGAACUGUCAGACCUUUUCGACCUUGUACCAGCUGCAGAACAAGAUCCACUCAUCCUUCGUCUCAGUCAGCCUUCCUGCCUUUCACCACAACAGCACCUUCUGUGUCCAACUGGGUCAGAAAGCCUCCCCUGAGGAUGAGCUGGAGGAGCGCUUCCUGUUGGACUCCAUCGCCUGGCCCAGCCCUCCACCUGCUGCUGCAACCCCCAGAAUCCGGCAGACGAGCGACCCGGUCCACAGCUUCUUCAACAUCCUGCCCUCUAGAGAAGGAAGAGGUUGGCACGUGGGCGACCAGCUGGAGGUCCUGGUCCAGAUCCGAGACUUUCAGGGUCAUCCCAAGCACUAUGGCGGGGAUUUCCUCCUCGCUAGGCUGCACUCUCCUGAGCUUGGGGCGGGCGUUGCGGGGGCAGUGCUAGACCACAGGAACGGGUUUUACUCGGCUUUGUUUCCGCUGCUGUGGGAGGGACCAGCGCAGGUGGAGGUAACGCUGGUGCACCCCAGCGAAGCCGUCGCUGUGCUCCAGCGGCUCAGAGAGGAACGGCCCGACCGUGUCUUCUUCAAGAGCCUGUUCCGCCUGGGAUUCCUGUCCGAAACCACUGUCUGCAACAUGUGCCUGCCGUCGGACGAGCAGCAGCCGCUGUGCAACUACACGGACCUGUACACGGGCGAGCCGUGGUUCUGCUACAAACCGAAGAUCCUCAGCUGCGACACCAGAAUCAAUCACUUCAAAGGAGGCUACCUGAAGCACCUCAUCACUAACAAGGAAGCCCUGCUGUUUCAGAGCGGUGUAAACCUCAAAGUGCCGCUUCGUGCCUCUGGAAGCGACAGAAUCGACGUGCUGCCGCAGAGAGAUAAGGCCGAAGAGGAGGCCGGCAGUUUGAAACCGGAGCAGCUUCACCUCUCUCCCUCUGGGUAUUACUACCGGGAGUUGUGGAGGCCACUGAACGGUCCCACGACGCGCCAGUUCAACCAGCUUUCCACUACACAGUGUUUGAAAAACAAAGUGAUCAACAUGUAUGGAGACUCCACGGUCCGGCAGUGGUUCGAGUACCUCAUCUCUGCUGUUCCAGAGCUGAAGGAGUUCAACCUGAGCAGUCCGAAGAACGUGGGGCCCUUCAUGGCGGUGGACACCACUCAUAACAUUCUGGUGAGAUACCGCUGCCACGGACCUCCCAUCCGCUUCUCCACGGUCCUGUCCAGCGAGCUGCGCUACAUCUCCAACGAGCUGGACGGCCUGUCAGGAGGCCCCAACACGGUGGUGGUCCUCAGCAUCUGGGCCCAUUUCAGCACCUUUCCAGUGGAGGUCUACAUCAGGCGGCUUCGCCACAUCCGGCGAGCCGUGGUGAGACUCAUGGACCGGGCGCCGGGGACGCUGGUGGUGAUCCGCUCGGCCAACCUUCAGCUCCUGGACCAGGAAGUGAGCUUGUACAACAGCGACUGGUUCUCCCUGCAGCUGGAUGCAACCCUGAAGGCCAUGUUCAAAGGACUGAACGUCCUGAUGGUGGACGCCUGGCAGAUGACCGCUGCACACCACCUCCCUCACGCCCUCCACCCGCCUCCAGCCAUCGUCGGGAACAUGAUCGAUGUGCUUUUGUCCUACAUUUGCCCAUGAAGUCCAAACCUUUGAGAACAGUCGGGUUUGUGUGAGCUGAGGGUGCUGGUUCUACAGCUUCUGAACAGAAUUUCUCUGUUUCCCUGAACCCUUGAGCAGCUUCUUUCCUCAGUGCUUUGCCUAAAUUUACUGGACUCUUAUGUGGCUCCAGGAGUUUUCACAAUGCCAAAGACAGCCAUUGGUAACCUGCGAUCAGCAGCAUUUGCCCGACCUUCUGAUCCGUCCUAAGAAAUGUUUUUACUUGAACAAAGGAAAUAAAAAUGUUUCUCAUCCUUUCUCAAAAA